CCGUAAGGAGCGCCGCUUUUGCUGUGUGUGUCUCUCCUGCAAUCAGUGGCGCUCCGUAGCUAACAGUGUAGCCCUGACCAUGACCUGACCUCACUGCUGCAGGCGUGUCCGCCCACUUCACCUGACCAGGCAGAGUGUGCGGGACGGGACCCGGAAGCGGAGGCAUGCGUAGCAGCAGCAGCAGCAGCAGCAGCAGCUGGAGGUGUCAGCUCUCCCGGGCCGCGAGGCUGGCUCUGCGCUGGUGCCGGCGGCGGCGGUGGCGGUGGCGGCGCCGCCCGCAGCCAGGGGCCCCCGGCGGCCGGCUCCUGGCGCUGUGGGGCUACGGCGCGCUGCUGCUCAAGUCGCUGUGCUCCAACAGCCUCGCCGACGGCGACACGCUGCUGGACUGCGCGUUCGAACCCGUCUACUGGAUCGUGGACAGCGUGACGCGGUGGUUCGGAGCGGUUUUCGUCUGCCUCGUGGUGCUGCUGACGACCUCGGUCGUGGUAAUCGUGUACCUUUUCGUCCUGCCCACCAUCGUCAGCACCUACCCUUCGUACUGGGUGGCCUGGCACCUGAGCUGUGGCCACUGGCUUCUGGUCAUGGUGGUGUUCCAUUACUACAAGGUCACCACCACCUCCCCGGGCCACUCGCCCAAGGACAAAAUUCACAUCCCCUCGGUGUCCAUCUGCAAGAAGUGCAUCACUCCGAAACCGCCCAGGACGCACCACUGCAGCAUCUGCAACACCUGUGUGCUGAAGAUGGAUCACCACUGCCCCUGGGUGAACAACUGCGUGGGCCACUUCAACCACCGCUACUUCUUCUCCUUCUGCCUGUACAUGACGCUGGGCUGCUUCUACUGCAGCAUGAGCAGCAAAGCCUUGUUUCUGGAGGCCUACGACGCCAUAGAGAGAUUCUAUCAGAUCCCCGGUCCGACCGAAGCCUCCCCCGAGACCACCGCUCACAAGAGCAUCAUCUUCCUCUGGGUGCUGACCAGCACGGUGUGUGUGGCUCUGGGAGGACUCACCCUUUGGCACAUGAUAAUCAUCAGCAGAGGAGAGACCAGCGUGGAGCGUCACAUCAACAACAAGGAGACCAGGAGGCUGCGGGAGAAGGGCAAGGUUUUCAAAAACCCGUAUCACCACGGUCCCAUGAACAACUGGAAGUUACUGUUGGGCGUGGAAAGACGGAGCCACUGGUUCACGAGGGUCCUCCUGCCCUCCAGCCACCUUCCCGACGGGGACGGCAUCAUGUGGGACUUCUCCUUCGCCAGGAGCGACCCCAUGGCCAUCUGAGCCUCUGCUCCUGGAGCUUGAGAUCCCUGCUCUGGACUUCUAAAGGGUGCUGCUGGACGGCACGGCUUCUCCUUAACUGACCACUGUGCACCAACACCACAGCCUCUUCUGAGUAGGGGGG